AUGUAUGCUUCUGAGAAAUUAAUGAACUUUCGCUGGGUAGCCAAAGUCGCAGCCACAUAUUCCUCUUACAUCUUAUCCGUCAAAGAUCUUGCAGACCAAAAGUUAUUUUCAGAACUAGCUGAAAUAGGUCAAUUCACGGAGCUCGCAUACACUAAUGCUGUUCCAGUUCAAUUCCUUUUCGAGCAUCUAAACCUUUUAAUGAAUCCAAAGUUCCCCCUCGAAGGGUAUAAUGCACUUGAAGGCUCUGUGCUUGUAUCCGAGUUCUUUGGCAAAGUGGCGCACCUCCAUGGUUAUGUUGCCUAUCGGCCUAAGACGAAACAACUCGUUGUGGCUACUUCCGGGACCUCAACUGCCAUUCAAGCAAUACAGGAUUUGCGAACCCUUUGGCAUCGACACAAAUCACGCAAGGGUCUGGUUCACUCGGGAUUUUGGCAACUGUACAAAGGGAUCCGGCCGUUUAUAUUAGAAGGUAUCCGUAAAGGCUUCGAAGAACAUAAAGAAAUCCAGGAGUUGGUCAUAACAGGACACAGUAUGGGUGCUGCAGUGUCUUACAUUCUCCUCCUUGACCAAAUCCUUGUCUCAAAUGAUCUCAUACCCGCUGACCUUUCGAUCAAACUUGUCGCUUUUGGCGCCCCUAGACCAGGAGACGCCAACCUGUCGAUGUAUUACCAGGAGCUCAUUAGCUCGUAUCGGAGGAAGAACGGCGACGAUGCUUUCUCUGAAUAUCUCGUCAAAGCCUACAAUGACGGAGUCCCUGCCCUCCCCCCGCUUUUCUUGGGAUAUCGACAUUUUACCCUUUCUCCAUUAUACUAUGACCAUAUGCGCUUGUACCAUAUACCUCCGCGGUACUCUGAGUAUACAUCCUUCCAUGUUGAUGCAGAAAAAUCUCCACAAUAUCCACGAGGUGGUCAUAACUAUUACAAUGGAAGAGAUCAGGAGAAGCUCCUGCGGAGGCUGGGAUGGCUGGAGAAGUCGUUAGCAAAAGAUGAUUCAUGUUGGGAAGAGGCAUAUUUGCAACGCGUCAGAAAACAUUCCCGGUAG